AUGGCAUGCCUUGAGGCACUGCCUGCCGAGGUUCUGUGCGAAAUUGCCGACUUGUUGGUUGGGGGCUUCAAACAGCCGUCCGACCUCAUAGAAGUCCAGUUCGGGUGCUCGGGCGGCCCGUCAUACGCCCGGCACCAUUCAGCCCUGGCUAGAAGUUGCCGUCGUCUGUACGGCAUCCUCAAUCCGCAGCUGUACAAACGCAAUAUUCAUCACGACGCCGUUCUCAACUCGUGCGUCCUGUGGGCUGCGGCACGUGGGCGGCUGGGCACCAUCAAGAUUGCUCACGGGCUGGGAGCAGACCUCGACCUUGUUGGGCCUCGAAGCCGCGAUGUCUUCGCAAAGGGCUGGAACGGCAUCCGUGGGCGUCCCGACUUCGUGGCGACACCUCUCCAUCUCGCCGUGGAGAAUGGCCAUCUCGACAUUGUCGAGUACCUCCUCGAGCACGGCGCCGCCCUUCAUUUACCCGCAUUGGAGUGCUGCCAUUGCCCCUAUUACCGCCAACCGUAUGCUCUCCACAUGGCCCUCGCCCAUAGCAAAAAGACCGAGGAAGCUGCCGCAAUGCUGAUCCGGCAUGGGGCCUACUUGCUCCACGAGGACUUCCCGGCGAUAUCGCUCCUGAGCGAUAUGGGCCAUCAUGACCUCUUCCAGCUCUUGCUCGAGCAACGCCAUCCAGAAUCAGCCACGCAUGCGCUGGAUUACUCAAUAAGAAAGCACAAAUCGUCGCUCACUCGGGAUCUCCUCCAACGCCCGGACCUAGACCUUUCAUCGCCGCGACGUGGUAGGUCGUUCUUGGGGCUAGCCGUCUUCAUGGGUAACACCGACGCCGUGCGUGCCCUGCUUAGCCACCCUGGCGUGGAUCCUGAAGCUCUUGAAGAGGGCGAAUGUCCUCAUCUGCAGUCCGCCGCAUCAUGCGGGGAUGCAGAUAUCCUGCACGCUCUUCUUACCAUGAGGCCCGAGAUAGACGUCAACACAACCGACGAAAUGGGCCGCUCUCCGUUCCAUUUGGCAGCCCAUGGUGGUUUUGUUGAAAGUAUGAAGGCUCUCACACAGUCCCCAGAUGUAAAAGUAGACUUGAGGGACAAGACUGGCCAAACACCGCUACACCUGGCCGCGUACAGUGGCAACUACGACGCUAUUCGCUUCCUGGUAAAGCACCCAGGGGUCCAGCCCUUGGCUGUAGAUGACGAAGGCUUCAACGUCUUGCAUUGUCUGGCAAUAGGAAAUGCAGCAUCGAGGAGGCUGCAGGAGGAGAGUGAAGAUGAGGAGGAGGAGGGGGAGGAUGAGGAUGAUGAUGAGGAUGAUGAUGAUGAUGAUGAUGAUGAUGAUUAUGGAGGCAGUAGUGAGAGUAGUACUGAGAGUGGCGACCACAUGAGCGAGGGAGCAUCAUCCAAUGCCAACCAGAUUGACGAAGCAGAACAGAUGAUCAAGGAGCUCAUAAGCCUUGGCAUUUCUAUUGACCAGGAAACGUCGACAUCUGGCACGGCUCUACGCGUGGCCAUCUGCCACCUCAACUUCCCCAUCGCUCUAGCCCUGCUCGCCUGCGGGUGCGACCAUACCAUCGGCUUUGAAGGAACAUCAGGAUGGACCAUGCUGCACGACUGCCUCAGGUGUCCCACCAAUAAAAGCAUGCAAACAGACCUGGUGAAGCAGCUAGUGAGUCGAGGCGUGGACAUUGGCACGGCCCAUACAUUCGACCCAGGUCUUAUUCUAGAGGAUCAGUACGGCGAGGGGAUUGAAAUGUCCGUGGGUGCCACGCCGCUCUUCUGCGCAGCCGGGUUCGCCCGCAACGUAGAGAGUAUGAAGGUGCUUCUCGACGCAGGAGCCGAUCCCAACGCAGACAUUGUCGAUUUCAAGCACGGCGAUCCGGGCCAGGGCGCCGCGUGCCUUGAGCCGUUUCUCGUGGCCCUCUACUGCACCUUCAGGGCCCGCCCGAGGAGAAAAUCGGUCGGCGAGUUUGGGCUUCUCGUCAAGCACGGCGCGAAGCUGGACGAGGCGGGCUGCUGGGACAAGACUGCUCUAGAGAUGGCGUUUCGAACCCGCCGCGUUCUGAAGGAGAUGCUGGACCAUGCUACGAGCGACAACAUAUGUCGCGAACAUGUGCAGAGCGCUAUUGAUGAUCUUUCUAGCCGUAGAAAAAGUCGCCAAGGGCCGACACUGCUGAAGUACUUGAAGGACUUUUGGGAGAGAGUUUUUGGGGAGUGA